GGAAUCAGCUGCUGAUUGUGUACCUUUUGCCGUGUUAUGUUGUUUUCCUGAAUGUUAUACCAUUAUUCAAAGUAACUGGUGUUUAAAGAUUUGUCCAUACAUUCAGCAAAUCCUUGGCAUUAAGGUUUUACGUCUACUAUUGUAAUAAAAGCUUACCUUCUGUAACUUUCAAUCUUGUCCUCAGUAUCUUUCAAACUGCUGAGACUUUUCAUUGUGUAAUUUGGCAACUAAAAAUAUGAUCCAUUCCUAAUGAGACUAUUUUUUUAUUCAGUUUUAUUCAACUUGCUCCACGUCGAAAGGAUUGUUCUUAGUCGACGUGCUCAUCUUCCAGUUGGACCAUUUGCCACCAAGCAAGCCCUAAAUCAACAUGUCAAGACUUUUCAAAAGACUUGUAAUUUUUUGGUGAAAAAUCUGUUACAACGAAGCAAGGGGGACGUUGUUGGUCGGACAUUCCAUUCAAGGUGUACCAUCUUGGCUAAUCAAGCAUUAUUGAAUUCCAAUUGUGAAGAUAAAGUUGAAACUACCGGACAAAGGCUUGGAAAACAACCCCUUGGUCAAAAUUUGACUGAAAAUCACAAUCAUACAGUUAAUAGUGAUAAACUCGAAAUGCUACCAGAUCAAUCUUUGGAUAUGAACCUCACACCUAGCAACAAUUUUUUGGCAAGAUUUGGUGUUAUUACUGAUGUCCAAUAUGCUGAUUCAGAUAAUAAACCAGCUCAUUAUGAUCCAACUAAAACAAGAUAUUAUCGAGCCUCAUUGGGUCACGUUGCUCAUGCAUUUGACCACUGGGAUAAAGAAAUGACUAAACCUUCCUUUGUUCUUCAACUUGGUGAUAUUAUUGAUGGAUUGAAUAAACGUACAAACGGGUUGGAUCCAUUGGAUGCUAUUAAUAAAACACUGGUUGCUUUCGAAGCCCAUCCAACAAUUCCCACAUUUCAUGCUGUUGGUAACCAUGAAUUAUAUAAUUUCAAGCGAGGUGAAAUUGUUAGCCUCUUCCGCGAUUCCCUUAUAAGGAAGACUAAAGUCAAGACUGAUCUGAUGGGGCUAAAUUUGAAUAUUAACGAAAUUUCCGAUAAUCAAGCUUCACCUGACAGUCAUACCCUUUAUUAUAAAUUCAACCCUUCACCUAAAUUGAAAAUAAUUGCUCUGGAUUGCUUUGAAAUCUCCGUUAUCGGAUAUGACCCUAGUCAUGAAAAUUAUCGUAAAGCUGAAGAGAUACUCUUUAAAUACCAUGGCCAUCGUGAUUUUGAUUUAUGGGACGUUGAUGAUCAUUUAGCUGAAGGACCUGAGAAACGGUUUCAACAACAGAAUGGUGCUAUUAGCGAUGAGCAAUUAGAUUGGUUGGCAAGAGAAUUGGAAGAUUCUGAUAGAAAAGGAGAGAAAGUUAUCGUAUUUGGCCAUGUCUGUCUUCACCCUGGUUCUUGUGAUUGGUCAUGUUUAGUCUGGAAUUAUGAUAAAGUUAUCGAAACCUUUCAUCGCUACAAUUGUGUGGUUAGCUACAUGUCUGGCCAUGCCCAUAAAUUUGGACACUCGGUUGAUGAAAAGGGAAUACAUUAUAUUGUUUAUCAUGGAGUAAUCGAGACUUCACCGACUAAUGAAGCUUUUGCAACUGUAACAAUUUAUGAGGAUUGCUUACAAGUUGAUGGUUAUGGAUUAGAAGAAAAUUUAAAUCUUGCAAUACCAUCGAAAAUCACUUCACCCAAUGACACCAAUAAUUCUGCUAAUUAUGAAAUAAGCGACUUUAAUGGAACCACUGCUGCAACUAAUAUACCAACAACCAUUUCUGUUACUGUUUGAUUGUACAGUUGAAUAGUUUUUACCUGUUGUUCCAAAUGCGCAAUUAUUCUGUAUAAUUGUUGACAAAAAAGAAAUGAAAGAUAAAAAAACAUAACAUAUAUCAACUGGUUACUUUACCUGAAACCUGCUUCAGAAUAAAACAAAAACAAGAAAAUUUUUUGAA